AUGGUGUGGCUGUUUCGAAAGGCGGGCAGAACAUGUAGGAGGUCUGCCUGGCUGCGAGCUCCCCCCCCGCCUGUCGCUCGCCUAUCUCAGCGCACCCCUCUCCCUUCCAGUAUGACGCCUCUUUCUUUCUUCGUCCUCGUCACCCUUUUGAUCGCAGUUGCUCAUCCUGCUUUUGUUCCAUUGCAUGAGCUUUCUCAAAGCAGAUCUGACUCGGUUGUUCCCGGCUUCGAGGGUGCCUCCCUCAUAAGCAGGGUGGAAAGACAGGGCGACGAGGACCCCGCUCCGCUCGGCAUGCCUCUUGGCGAUCCAGAGCCCGCUCCGGAAUCUAAGGACACCACCGGCGACGAGAAGGACGACGAUGCCACGGACGAUAGCGAACAGGCCGAGGGUGGCAGUGAGAAUCCAGUAGAUGGUGCGGAUUCGAACGCUGCAGACUCGGCUUCGGCUGACUCGGACUCUUCGGGGGCCUCGGAGGAAAAUGCAACCACAGACUCGGGACCGCUGGUAGAGGGUUCUUCAACGAGUGGUAGCGAAGAAGCUGACACAGCUGAUACCAGAGGCGGCGAAGAUGCUUCCACGGACACAGAGACUGGUGACGGAACCACGGAAGACUCAAAAGAGGAUCAGCCGACCACAAAGGAUGGUGAGAGCACGGAGUCAGACGCUGAUGUUGAUGCUGGCCAUACGAUUCCUGCAGGCAAUUUAACCGAGGCCUUUCACGCGUUCACUCUUAACCAAAUGGUUGAGAUUGAUGACGACGAUGCAGGCUUCAAAAUGGUUCCCAUCUUCCAAAAUGGUAGCCUCAUUGGCGCUUUUGAGAGUAACCCCAUGUCAUCGGAUGUUUCUAAUCUUCCUGGAGAUGUUGAUGACGGAGCCUGGUACAAUGACGGCCCGUACGCGGAUCGCAUCUCAUUUCAGUAUACAUAUGAGCUCGACGAAAGUGAUUAUACGAUAUCCAAACCAGUCAUUGCGGUUGAUACAGAGAUGGGCGUGAGUCCUGUAGUACAGGAUGAGCGUAACGAACCGUCUAGCGGUAUUGGCAGUUUCACGGUGAAGUAUAUGUGCAAGCCUGGCGGAGUGGAAAAGUCUUUCGUUUCCCUCCACAUCCAGGUCACGAAAGAGCAUAGUGUGGAUUUUACAUGGAUCAAAGUUUGCGGACACGGGAAAAACAUGCAUCUGGACCUUGGAUUUUUGGGAAGCGAUGACAAGGUUACAUUGUUCAAUGCGGACGGUACAUACGGCACUGAAGAGCAGAACACUUUAGAGGUGGGUCCGCUUCAGCUAAGCACCGCUUUGUCUGCUGAAUUGACACCUCCAGCGUGGCAAUUAGAUUUUCUAGACCCCUACAUUGAAUCAGAUUCCUCCCUGAUAAGUGUUUCGUUGCGCGAUACGAUCAAGGCGGGGACGUUGAACAGCGAUGGCCCGACAAGAUUUUCCGCGCACUAUGAAUGUAUUGAGACAAGUGCCAAGGCAAAGAUUACAUUCACACUGGGGAUUCCGCCGUGGGAUAACGUUACUGCUUCGUGGAGAAAGACGUGUGGAGGAACUACUUCCGAGGCUCUUCUGAUUGGAACGUCAGGCUCAAACUCUUUUGAGGUCAUGCAAGACGGAGAACUCAGCGCAAAAUACAACGUCACGGAGACUACGUCUGUUGAAGAAUCGUACGGGAAGGUCGAGGAAAUUGAAGGCAGCAUGAGUUCUGUGCGGUUUUAUAUCACAAAUAGUGAUGACAUUUCCGAUAUUCACAUACAGACUAUCGCCACGACAAUGUCAAAUCCGGACGUCGUCUCUACUCAUGUGGAUGUUCCCUUUACAGGCUCGAGUUCAUAUCUCUCCGCAAGUGGGGGUGUCGUACCGAGACGCCAAACAAAGUCUUUGAAACUUCGUUUUGCCUGCAAGAAAGUCGGAGAGUCUCUAGUUUUGGUGACGCUUCCCACUCUCAAGUACAAGAACGUGGAAUUUGGAUUCCUUAAGCAUUGUCUUGCUCCCUCCGUGAAGCAUCAUUCAGGAUUUUUACAAACAGCUGGGUCCAUCAUGGGGACACUCUUGUUCCUUGCUGUUGUUGGAGGGAUUGCGGUCUGGGUUUAUAUGCGAAGGAGGCCUCAACCAGUGAAAUAUGCACCAGUAUCAACAUCGGAAACUGUGGGGAAGAUUUUCUUUGGCGCUACUCACAGCAAGAACAACCGUCUGCACUGUUCAAUAUCGUAA